GAGAGAGAGAGAGAGAGAGGAAGAAAUUAAGAGCGAGUGAUGGAAGAGAGAGAGCUCCAAAACCCCCACCACCCCCAGCUCCAAAUCAUCACCACCAUCUCCUCCCCGCCAAACCUGGACGCGACCGCCGAGGAGGACCCGUCCAAGCUUUCCAUAUUAACGAGAUUCCACGCCGGCUACUUCCGCAUCAGCCUCUCCCUCUGCGGGCAGGCCUUGCUGUGGAAGACGCUGAGCGAGCCGACGACGGACGCCCACGCCCUGCGGCCCGUCGUCCGCAUGCUCCCUUCCGCUGCCUUCGUCAUGCUGUGGUCCCUCGCACUCUUCACCCUCGUCGCGCUCUGCCUCCUCUACGCCGUCCGCUGCCUCUUCCGCUUCCGCAGCGUCCGUGCCGAGUUCGCCCACCACGUCGGCGUGAACUACCUCUUCGCUCCAUGGAUCUCCUGGCUCCUCCUCCUCCAGUCCACCCCAUUUCUCCGCCCCCACACGAAGUCCUACCUCCUCCUCUGCUGGUUCUUCUCCCUCCCCAUCCUCGCCCUCGACAUCAAAAUCUACGGCCAGUGGUUCACCAAGGGCAAGAAGUUCUUGUCCAUGGUGGCCAACCCCACCAGCCAGAUCACCGUCAUCGGCAACCUCGUCGGCGCACGCGCCGCCGCCCAGAUGGGCUGGCGGGAGAGCGCCGUCUGCAUGUUCUCCCUCGGCAUCGCCCACUAUCUCGUCCUCUUCGUCACUCUCUACCAGCGGUUCCUCGGCAGCGACUCGCUCCCCGCAAUGCUGCGUCCCGUCUUCUUCCUCUUCUUCGCCGCCCCUAGCAUGGCCAGCCUCGCCUGGGACUCCAUCUCCUCCUCCUUCGACACCUCCUGCAAGAUGCUCUUCUUCCUCUCCCUCUUCCUCUUCGCCUCCGUGGUCUCACGGCCGGCGUUGUUUAAGAGAUCCAUGAGACGGUUCAGUGUCGCUUGGUGGGCUUAUUCGUUCCCGCUGUCCAUUCUGGCUCUCGCUGCCACGGAAUAUGCCCAGGAGGUGAAGGCACAGACGGCAAACUUGCUGAUGCUCGUGUUAUCCCUGCUCUCGGUGGCGGUCACACUGAUCCUGAUGGUAUUCACGGCGUUAAGACCCAACGAUCUAUUGCCUCAUGAUGAUCCAUUUCUGUGCUCCAAUCUCAUACGACAUUGACCACUUUAGGGUCGGGUGCGGUUUGAUGCGGAUCAAUUGGAUAUCCCAAAGAUGAGAACCCAAACUGGUGUAGCUUUUGCGUGUACAUUAUUACUGUAAGAUAUUGAAUUGAAUACAUGUCAAUUGCACCAUGGGUGCCCAAAAAUGGAAUCUUGUAACUUUAAUUUACUUGAUACCUAAUGCGACCAUUCUUUGGUUACGACAAAAGGAAA